AUGGAGCGAGCAAAAUCAAUAUUAAGGACAAGUAGUCCCACCAUUGGAUCAAAAAACAAACUUGAUGAACUGGAAAGUAGAAAUUUUACACUUGAAGAAGAGGUUAAAGAUUUAAGAAUUCAAUUGAGCAAUAAACAAAAUGAAACUAUUAAAUAUCAAGAAAUGUUAAAUAAAAGAACAAGCAUAUUCAAUGCAGCUAACAAAAGUUUAACGGAUUUGAGACAAACGGUGGCAACAAAAGAUGCUGAAAUUGAAGAGUUAAAAGCAUCUUUAGAAAAAUUAAAAUUAAAAGAUGAGAAAACAAAAACCUCAGUUGAUGAAAGUCAAAAAUCGGUGGAAAGGCUGACAACAGAAAUACAUAGUCAGACUGCAAUGUAUAAUGCACAGAUUGAACAAUUGGAAUCAAAAUUAAGACAAUCAACUCAACAAAUUGCUCAAAUCAAAUUAGAAUUUCAACAAUAUAAAACUAGAGCACAUGCUUUGCUUGAACAAAAAAAUCUCAAUGAAAAUUCCAGCUCAGAAAAAUCAGAAUUAAUAAUUAUAAAUAAAAAAUUGGAUUUUGAACUAAGUCUCAAGGUUAAUGAAUUGAAAAAUGUGAUGGAGAGAUUGCAUUUAUCAGAGAAUAAUUACAAACGCAAUCUUUCUGAAGAAAAUGAAAAUUUGAGAAAAGCACUUCGAGAAAGUGAGGAAAAUUAUAAAUCUAACAUUGAAAAUUUUCAAGAAAAAAUCGAGCAAUCAACAGAAAAUGUUCAAAAAAAUCUUGUUAAAAAACAAGAAGAAAGUGAUGAGUUGCAAAAAAAUUCAGAGCAACUUGGUGAAGAAUUACUCAGACUUCGUGCAGAAUUGGAGGCACGUAAUGAACAAAUAGAAGAAUUACAAAAACAAAUUUCUAAUAAUAAAUCAUCUUCAUCUCCACCACCAUCAGCUAUUCGUACCCAUUUUAGAAAAGAUAGUACUGGCUCAUACAUGGAAGAUCGUAAAUCAUUAAUUCCUUCAAGUGCACCUGAAAAAGAAAAGGAUUACCUAUUAAAGUUACAUCACAUGGCAGAAUUAUUAAAUGAAAGCGAGUCUACGGUCCAAAGAUUAAUGGAACAAGAAAGGUUAUUAAAAGAUGAAUUACGUAAAUUGGAUAGAUUAGAAAAACGACAGGAUUUGAGUGUUGAAUAUUUAAAGAAUGUAGUACUAAAAUUUUUUGAAACUAAUCCAAAUGAACGUGAGCCACUUAUUUCCGUAAUAUCAACAGUAUUACAAUUAAGUCCUGAAGAAAUCAAAAGUUUUAAGGAACACGCAUUGAAUAAUUCAAUUCAUAGUCCUGUAGUAUUAGGAUUUGGUUUUAAUUAA